AUGGUUCAGGCUACGCCGGCCGAGGCAAAGGAUGCACCAAAAGCAGUCGGCGAUGGGUCGAAGGAGGCAAAGCCGGCCAGCUCGAUGGAGAUUCAAGCAGCCAUGCAGCAGCUCUCUCAGAUCUCUGCGCUGCUGUCCUCGCCAGGAGCCUUGGAGGCCGCCGCAGCUGCCCAUGGAGCUCCCCCUCCCCCGCCUUCUGAUCGACCUACGCGCGGAUUGAUGCACGCCCUGCCCUCCCUCUUGGCGCCACUGGCUGCUCUGCCUCCAGCAGAUGCUCAGAGCAUCGCAGUCCCCAUGCCGAUGGGCGUACCUAUGGUCGGAGCACCCAACGACUUUCCACCCGUGAUUCGACUACCAGCAGGACAAGCGGCCCUGCUCGCUCGCAGAGCAGAAUUCAACCCCACCGAUGCCCUAGGCAGGGCAGCGGAACUGAGUCGCAUCGCUUCGACACCCGAAGCUCAGGCCGCUUUUGAAUUGGUGGAGCGGCUGGACAAACAGCGCACAAAGGAGCAGAAGAUCAAGGAUAUUCUGGACGGACGAAAGAGGAGAGCCGAGCUCAAGAGGAAAUAG